AUUGGUCGUUGCGUGUUUACUGAUCGAUUUCGUAAACAAGAGUGUCAUCCUUGGUCACUCCGAUUGAAACAUUAGUUGACGGGCUGCGUUGUGCAUGCCGUGUUUUAAAUAUAAAUCAAAACAAUAUUCGUGAACGAGGUUGUAGAUAGCGGCCUAAUUAAUAUAGUCCACGUGAGUAAAGCUAGCCGAGGGGAUCAAAAUUAAAUAUUGAACUCUGCCAGCCGAAGAUCUUUGUGUGUGAAAUCAGUGAUGUGGAAUUAAUUAAGUCAAUAACUACCCAAAGUCAUAAACACUCAUUAGAUUUGUUAUUAUAUAAUUUUUUCAAGGGUACUAUUUUUUGUUCUCGGUGCGUACCGUGAUGAUCCUGGCGCCUAUGCAGCCGAUAGACACCGCGCUGGAUAGCGGGCGCGGAGGAAGCGGGUCGGGACCCGAGAGCGUUGGGGCGAAUCAAGAAGUUCUAGAGACAGCCAUCAUGGACGCUGAAAUUGCAAGUCCCAAACGCAAAAUGGAAGAGGAGGAGGGAACAGAGGGAGGAGAAACGGGGGUGAAGAAGAUCAAAACAGAAAAUGGUCUGAAAUUCUUGCUUCAGGAUAGACUGACCUUGAUAGCAAGCAUCAAGAAACAGGCUCCAAAGAAGGAUAACCAGUCCUACAAGUCCAGGGUCUCAAAGUUAGACUGGAACUUAGUCCAAUUUGGUACCUACACUGCAGAGGACUGUAAGAAUGAAUGGAACAGCAUACAGGCAGAGAUCCGUAAGUACAAAACCUUGGCAGAUGUUGCUAAUGAAGCAGCAGCCCUGGUCCAAACUCCAAACUACAUUAUUAAAAAACUGGUCCAUCCAGACAUGCCAAAGAAGCCCUUGACGCCGUUCUUCAUGUUCUACAAGGAGAAGAACAAGAAGAUGAAGGAGAAACAUUCCACCAUGUCUCAAGUCCAGAUCACACAGAUGCUGUCCAUCAAGUUCAAAGAAUUGCAAGAGAAGAAGAGGAAUAAAUAUUUUCAGAGGUAUGAGAUCGAGACGAGGGCAUAUGAGCAAGCUAUGGAGAAGUUUUAUGACGACCAUCCGGAUUACAAAGCCCAGUUGAAGGCAAGCAAAGGGGCAUCUAAGCCCCCUCCCCUGCCCACCCCAUACAAGUUAUACUCAGUGAAGAGACAUGCACAAUUGCUUACAGAUAAUCCACAGGUGACCAAAGGAGAAGCUGAAUCAAAGAUGAGACAAGAAUGGAAUGCUCUCUCUGAACGAAAGAGAAUGAAAUGGAUCCUUGCCUCCAUUGCAGAGAAACCAAACUACGAUAAAGCGAUGGUGACAUUUAUAGAGAACCAUCCUGCUUUCAAGGUCCCUACAAAUCAGAAACCUCUUCUCACCAAAAAAGAGCUUGGUAUCAAAGAACAUCAAGAGGGCAGGCCAUCUAAACCACCCAUGACUGCAUACAGUUUAUUUUGUUCCGAGAUGCUCAAACAGAUGGAAGAUGUCUCUCCAAAGGAAAAGAUGUUGCAGUGUAGCACAAGAUGGAGCCAGCUUAGUGACAAGGGUAAAGCAGAAUAUAAGAUGAAGGCAGCUAGGAUGAAGGAGCAUUAUGAAAGAGAACUUGAGAAAUAUAUUGAGAAACUACCACCAGGUGAAAAGGAGAAGUGUCUUGCAGAAUUAAACAGUAUUCGUAGAAUGCCAAGUUCCAAGAAGGCUAAGCUUGCUUCAGAGAAAGCAGCCAAGAGCCCUGCAAGUGCUGAGAAAUUUGAGCUAAAUCUGAAUGGAAAGACAACAGGAAAAGAUUUGUGGAUUGCUGAUAAACUACCAGCCUACAUCAAAGAAAUGUCCAAGUCAAAAGCGCUUGCUCAGCUGAGGACUCAGUGGGAUCUACUAGACAAAGGAAUGAAAUCAACUUGGGUCAAGCAAUCAACAACGCUAAACAAACAAAUUGAGCAAAAUGACAGACUUCGGCAGCUAUGGUUAAAUGCACCAAAGAAGCCAUUUGAGAGUGCAUACAGGUACUUUUCAUGUGCCAUGCUGAAGGCCCCUGAACUGAAGGGGAUUGAUCAGAAGGAGAGGUUCAAGGAAGUUGCCAAGAGGUGGAAAACCAUCAGUGCAAUGGAAAAGAAGAAAUAUGAAGCUAAGAAAGAGAAGGCAAUCAAAGAAUAUAAGAAGCUCUUAGAGAAAUACAAGAAGACUCUAAAUGAAGAAGACAGAGCCAGGUUUAUUGAGAUGGAGACCAAGCCAGCCAUGAGGCAGAAACUCCUCAAGAAAGCACCAAGGACUGCUCUAGCCAAGAAGACAGUCAAGGUGGAGGUUGAAAGUGAAGAGGAAACAGAUGAUGACGAGGAGGAAGAAGAGGAGUCCGAGUCUGAAUCAGAGGAGGAGGAGACCGACGAUGAUGACGACGAUGAUAACGACGAGGAGGACGACGACGAUGAUGAUGAGGAAGAAGAGGAGGAGGACGAGGAUGGAGAGAACGCCCAGGGGAAUGCCAGCAGCUCGGAAGAAUCGGAAUCGGAGGAAGAAGAAGAGGAGGAGGAAGAAGAGGAGGAGGAGGAAGAAGAAGAGGAAGAGGAGGAAGAAGUAGAGGAAGACUCGUCGGAGUCUGACUGAUGCUCGUAUCAAUCUGUUUGGUGCUCAGAUUGAUAUUCCUUUGAUAAGACUCUGAACAUUCAUUCAUUCCAUUAGCACCAUUGAUUCAUCAAGACCCCCUUUGAAUAUUGGUGCCACCUCUUUCCAAUGUCACCGAUGCACUGAUCACAUGACUCACUCUGCCAUCACCUGACUUUAUCAUCAAUCACGGGCUGUCUUUGUGGUCACCUGUAAAGAAUGCUUUCAAGUUCUGUUGAACAUUAUGUCCCAUAUCCAACGGUUUUUCUGCAAAUUUGUGACUCGAAGCUUUUAUGGCCAUAACGCCUUGCUCCAGAUGCCAGCCGUUUUUACUGUUACUGGUUCUUGUUCAUCACUUGGCACCGAGGCAUGACAGUUCUUAUUCAUGUGACAUGGGCUUCAAGUCAAUUUUAGAUUCAGUUGUUGUAGUACUUUUAGUGAGUCUGUACCCUUUCUUUUUCAACCAUGUGUACCUUCACAUCCAGCACUCUGUUUUUUUGCGACAGUCAAACUAUGUUUCUUGAUGGUUAAUCAUUUGGUAGCUUGCAGGGUUGGCUGAUUUAAAUAACGAUGAUUUAAAUCACUAUGUUUAUUUUAAAUCAUUGAUUUAAAUCACUUCCAUUGAAAUGUGUGCAAAUGAAUGACAGUUUUUUAUUUGUGGCAGUUUUAUUUUUUCACUCAAAAUAGAAAGAUAUCAAUUUUAUAUCAUAAAAACAUAAAUAAAUGCUUCAUAUUCACUAAAAACAAUUGAGAUCAUGUCAAUAAAAUCAGGUUGAUCUUGCAAUGUAGCCUAUAAACGGUUUAACACUCAGGCCCCUACUCCACUUUCACUAUGAUUUUUUUUUUUUAUAAUUGAUUUAAACAAUCAAAAAGCUCCAACCAUGGCUCAAAUACCAAAGAAGGUUUAAACAAACAAAAAGAAAUGUAGUUUUCUUUAUUAAACACAUGAUUUUCAGUCCUUGGCUUGAAAAUCAAGAAUGUUUCUCUUUCGAAAAUGUGAGUCUCUGAGUCUUGGAAUUCUUCCAAAGAAACUGAUCCUCAUUUCAUGUUUGAAUAGGAACACUAACUUUGCAGUAUUAGCUGUACCAAGGCAGUUCCUCAACUUGGACCAAACCAGUCAGUAGGAGCUAAAUACCCUACACGAGAGGAUGCAGAAACAGCAUCUUCAUCAUGACUUGCGUAUUCUAUAUAAAUUCUAUUUUGACUGGAUUUGAUUAUGAAAUAGCAUAGAAGUUGAUAAUAAUUUUAGUUGUGAAAUGUAUGAUUUUGAAAAUAAUUUCAGUGUAAGGGUUAUAUUUUUGGUGUACCCACUUUGUUUUAGAAAAUAUUGUUUUAAGGAAAAAAUCUGAUCUAGAAUUUUUUUAAUCUGAUUUAAAUCAAAUAAAUCCAUUUUUUUUUUAUUGAAAAAAAAAUUGCCAACCCUGGUAGCUUGUCAAUUGAUGAUUUGUAGGAAGUGAAGUGAAUCAUAUUACCUUAAACUCCAGAGGAUGUGUAUUUUACUUGGAACAUGCUAGUAGGUGUCUCACAAUACUUAUUAUUCUUAACCGUUUAUGCUUCAUACAGUUGUAUUUCCUGUAUUUCAAUUCUAAAUCAUCUAAAGCAGUCCAGUUGAUUAUUAUGUUUUACUGCUUUACACCUCUAAGGGCCCCGUCUUACAAAGAGUUGCGAUUGAUCCGAUCAAUCACGACUAUGGAUGACCAGCAACGCCGACAUCUAUUAUGCAUGCUUUUUCAAAAUAUUUUCUAGCUAUGAUGUAUAUUCAUGCAUUCAUUUUUUCUUGAAAAUUCGCUUUGCUUCUCUUUGUUUACAAAGUUUACUCAGGACAUUGUGCAAAUUUUCUGUAGAAAAAAAAGUAUGACACUGAUGGAUUUCCAUGUAGUUACAAUUAAUUGGAUCAAUCGUAACUCUGGCCAAGAUCUGUCGGAUAUGUAUUUCUUCAGUAGACUGAGUUGACCAAAUUUCACAACAUUCAUGUGGCUUAGUCUUUUAUUAUUUGUUUUUAAAGACAUCAUAGGACGUAUUGAUUUCAGGUCAUUUGAUACAGAUACAUGUUGAUAUUCUUUUAAGUGGUCCAAGAAUCCCAUGUUUCCUGUAAGGCCAUUGUUGAUAUUUUAAGGUUUGAGCUAUUCAUUUAACCAUCCUUACUAGUUACUAAAUACAAUUAUGUGUCCUUGAUUUGAUUACUAGUACUCUGGACUGAUUGCUUGAUCAAAAUAGUUAAUAUACCAGAUGGCAGGGAAAAAAUUACAUGAUGGCUCUGGGCGAUUUCACCCCAAAAAGUUCUCAAAACAGCCCUGGAAUAUCCCCAUCCACUACAGUGUUACAGCUUGGCCUAAUAAAAGAAAUGUCCUAUAUUAUUUAAUCACAAGGACCAAAGCUGUAGAUUGAAUUUAGUAUUCCUGCUUGAAUUUUAACCACAUGUAAUAUAAGACUAGAGAGGCUCUUAAAAAUCAUUUCAGAGUUGUGUUUAAUCUUGAUUUUUAAAGCAAAUUUGUGCAACACCACCACGGUUUUCCUGCAGUUCUAGCAUGUAAAUACUAAUGUAUUUGGACAUAUUUUCUUUUGUAAAGACGUAAAUUGUAUUCUAAUGAAUUUAGUUACUGAAAUUGGAAAUGUUUGUGUAUUAGAGAUUAACUCUGUAAAUUUUUGAGAAAAAAAAAGUUUUUAUAUUGAGCAAAAGCAAGCAGACUUUUGAAUCAGUUUGAUCAUAGGCUAAAACUUUACUCUUUUUCCUUUAUGUGUGCAUGUUGGGUAUGAAAUAUCUACAUAUUAUUUUCUUUGUAUUUUUUUCUUCAGAUAUUUAUAUCACAUCUAUUUCAUUGAUUCUCUGAACCAUGAAAUGUGAUAUGAAUCUCGUUUAGUGUCAUGAAAUGAUUUGUCACCCUUAUUUAAUAAAAUAAAAUGAAAUGUUGAAAAUAAUAUAUAUUUUUUGUUGUCACUAUUACCACUAAGUAACAUUCCACAUAAAUCACUGCUACGUAAAAGAGUUGUCACUCCUGGGGCCCGUUGCAGAAAGAGCUGCAAUCUAUCGCAACUCUAAAAAUCUUGCGCAACUUGAUUUUCAACCAAUCAACAGCGUGCAUUUGGGACCUGCGUUUAAACGCAACUCUUUCUGCAACGGACCCCAGGUGGACUAUUUAGUCUAUAUCCAGCAACGUACAUUUGUCAAGUCAUUUUAUCCUAUUUAUGAAUAUCACAAAUUCAAUUUGUUUUGAUCAAGAAUUGUUUUUUUUUUAACAACACAAAGUGAUAUCUUGAUAUGAAGAAAUGGGCUUGUCAUGUGUAUAAAUCAUUAAAUCAUUUAGGUGUGACAGCAUAUUAGGGUUCUGUCGUCUUUACUAUUCAUGGUAAUUACCAUGGUAACAAUGCUCAACAGCCAAUCAAAAUCAAGGAUUCCAUGAUAGACACCAUGAAGUUAUCUUUUCUGCAGCAGGAACCAGUCAACUUGGUAUGUCGGGAAAAGAUAAAAAAAGAUUCAAUAAGUUCAUUCAAAGGCCCACAUUUCACUCUCUAUUGUAGAGUACUUUCAUAGAAGAACUUUCAGAAAAACUUGGAGGUCCUAAUUUGGUAUACAUGCACAAUACUUGGCUAUUUUUUUUUUCUUAUCAGGCUAAGGGGACUCUGUAGACUUAGUUUUUAUCAGAGUACCAGUGCAAGUGUAUACAAGAGAUGUUUGUAUACUACUGUUUGUGAGAGGGGUCUAUCUUUUUAUCUUUUUCAUUGAUCUUUUGAACAUAGAUGAGAGCUUGAGUUUGUGUCAUUAUUCAUUUAUUAGAAAAUAAAAUUAUAUCAAAAAAAGUGAUUCAGGUUAGGUUAGGUUAGUAUAGGUUACAAGUGGAAAACCAAGUGAUGUCAGCUCUAUUUUGAAUGAAAUAUAUUUCAGGGUUUUAUUGUUAUUUAGAUAAAACCAUAGUCCAUAAUGCAACAUUGUUCUUUCACACGCAGUAUUGUCUUUGUACCCAAUUGUUUCAAAUGAUCUGUUCUACUUCUAACAUAGUGUUGUCGCAUAUGUUUUACAAGGAUCACUUCACUUCACACACUUUACAUAUUAUGUGUUGUGGUAAAUAGAUGGUUGUUAUUUUGCACCAGAGUAUUUACUAUACAAGUGUUUGAAUGCACAAAUGUGAUUUAUAAUUCAUAAUGGAACAUAAUUUAUGUAUAUUUCUUGUCAUUCCGUCACUAUUAUGACUGGUUCCUGUCGGAUGGCAAAUACCGUUUUCAAGCAGAAAAUUUUUAUCCAAAUUUCAUAACUUCUAAUUGGGUGAUAACUGCUUAUGAUCAGUUCAUCUGCAUCGAGUCAAUUGGGGUAUAAAAAAAAAUCCUGCUUGAAAAUUAUGUUUGUUCUGCCAGUAAUAUUUAAAACCUUAGAUCCUGUUUGAUUAGAACUUCACAAUCUUGCCUCUUAUUUUCAUUCUUUCAUUCUUCUAUUGCAAACAUGCCGUAUACUUUAACCCACACAUCUGUCAUUGCUGGCUUUCCUCCUCUUCACCCGAAUAGAGCUUGGACUGAUCUCACACCAAGACUGAUUAUUCAAUCUUUUGAGAGUGAUGUGUAUGUCAUGAAUGAGCUAUUAAGGGCAAAGAUCUCAAUCCUUCCCCCCCCCCCCAUCCCCUGAAAAUGAAGAGAUUUAAGGCCUGAGAACCCAUUUCACGAAAGUUUUCAUUAUCUGAUUGUUACCAUAGUAACAGACAUCUGUGCUUCUCAGCCAAUCAACAUCAAGGAAAGUUGUCGGAUCUCUGUGUUGACGAAAUGCCUCCUUGGUAACUUGCUUUCAGCCUAUCAAAUUUUUUUUUGGUUUGAAGCUUUGUGAAACCGAACCCAUCUUUGUAUGAGAUUUCAUUGUAAUGAAUAGUUUACAUUUCUUUUUAUGAGAUUGGCUGUUGACAAUGACGUUCAUCAAAUAUCUAUUCAUGCCUUGUGGUCUCUCAGUAUAACAUAGAACCUUUGUAUGACAGUGCAUUUUGCAAUAUCAUGCAUGCCGAUAGCUCUAGAAAACCAUUGAUCAUUUACCUUAAUAUUGUAGAUAUUUUUUUCUCCAUUUUAUCAUUCCUUAUCGGAACUGUGGUGCUGACUAAAAGUCAUUGAUUUAUUUCACACAAUCUUCUGUCAUUGGGUUUUUUCUCAUUCAUCCAAAAUAAUAUUGCAUAUAUAAGAUAUUAUAUUAUGACAGAAAGAAAGUGAGUGGGUAUAUGGUCACUGAUUAGUGUGUGCUGUGUGCCAAGUUGAAUGCAUACAGGCAGCCUGUACAUUUUUAGAAAAAAAAAGCAAAACAUUUAAAAAUGUAAUUUAUGGAUCAUAUUUUGGAUGGAGAUAGUUGUACAGAAUUUUCAGGAAUGAAUUUGUCUGAAUAUGAGCAAAGCAUUGAGAAAGGAAAAAAAAGAAUGUUUUUACUCCCACUGUUGAAAAGCUGUCUGCAUUAUUUGUUUUAUUAUAUGUUUGUGUGUAUUCCAGUUCAGAAUAAAGCAUAAGUUUUAUAUGAUGGAAUUGCACCUCA